ACGAGGGCGACAGAUAACUUUGACAAAAUAAGACAGCUGUGUAUGCUCAGUGCUACACCAGGCUCAGAAAUAGCCCAAAGUCCAUCGACUUUGCUGAAAAUCAUGGUUGAAAAGAUGAUGAUUGCUAUGUUCAGUCGCAGUGCAACUUGGACAACAUGCAGAAAGAAGAGCCAGUGCCUAUGCCAACACAACAGGGAAGAGAUACACAGCUUAGGCACCAAGGCAGAACCCAUGUUCAUGACAUGGGAGGAGGAUGGGCCCCAAAACAGCAGUGGAGAUGCUUUUAUCAUGCAACUGCAGAAGGUCAUACAAGAUGGGAAUCAUACUCCUGAUCAAGUUUUCACUGCAACCAAGACAGGCCUCUUUUGGAAACGUCUUCCUGCCCAGACCUUCAUCAGUAAGAAGGAAAAGAAGUCUACCAGUUGUAAGGCUUGGAGUGACCUAUUCACUUUUCUGAUGUGUGCAAAUGUAUCAAGAGACUUCAGACUAAGUGUUUGCUGAUUUAUCGCAUUCUCAAAGGAAGUGAAGGUGACAAUACUCCAAAUGUUGCCUGUACACUGGAGAUUUAACAAAGGAGUUUCUUUGACAGCAACAUUGUUUGAAGACUGGUUCGCCAAAUGUGCUGUUCCAGAAAUCUCAUCUUACUGUAAGCAGAAGAAUCUUGAAGAAAAAGCAAUUCUACGAGUUGAUAAUAGUCUAGGUCAUCCAGAGGUAAUCAUUGAUAUUCAUCCAACUAUCAGGGUCGUGUCCAUAUCAAGUGAUAAGUCUUCUUUCAUACAGCAUCUGGAUCAGUUUGCCAUUACUCGAUUUAAGCAGCUUUACACCAAAUCCCUUUUGCACAAGAUGCUCUUCUUCACAGGAGGUGGGGAUGAAAGUCAAGUUGAGAACUUCUGGUUGUCCUUUAGCAUCAAGGAGGCACUCAUUAUCAUCAGAGUUAGAUGGUUAUUAAAACUCCAUUUCUGAACAGAAUCUAGAGGUAUUUGUGGCUUGAUAUCCUCCAAAAUUAUGUAGGCCCCUGAUACCAUGGGAGAGAUUCAGAAGAUCCAGGAGCUUGCUAACAAAAUUCCUGGUGAAGGCAUUAUGCAUAUCACCAAUAAUGACGUUCUCAGUCACAUAAAAUCACAUAAAAAAAAUCUGUCAGCAGAGGAGUUAACACAGCUAGCCAAGGCUAUUCAGGAAGAUGACUACCAAAACAGGAGACUCCAGAAUCAUCUUUGCCAUCAACCUCAGAACUGAAGAGCAUUAUCAAGCUGCUUUACAGAACUGAGAGAGCAUUGAUUGAGAAAGAGUGGAACCCUUUGAGGUUGAAACACAGCCUGACUCACCUCAGAAGUAUAAGGGCUAUAUAUAUGGUUGCACUAAUGAAAAGAGAAAAGAGGCAGUCAUUUUUAAUGUGGAGAAAAUUUUAUUAUUGUAAAUAUGAUUUCCAUUGAAAGUAUUAAAGGAUUGUAUUUUUAAAAUUUGUAUGAAAUAUCUCAACAGGCCUAAAAACACUUGAAAGUCAAUAAAAAAUAUUU